AUGGCCCUCUCCAGACUAUUUUCUACCAGAAAAAAGUUAUCAAAAGACGCCAGUGGUCGGCCAAAGUCCAAACCAACCACAGCCGCCCCUUCCGGAAUCCUAUCCAAGCCAUUCCCCCCUCUUUCUUCAAGAGCUAAAUCGCCUUCAGAUGUCCUUGAUUUUGUGGGGUAUCCUCGACUAUCUCAUAGCACGCCUAUUUCACAGGUACGAAAGCGGCAAUCAACACCCCAGUUACAGCCCCAGCGCCAUUUUACUAUUCGAAACCAAACACCUCAGCCAGAUGCCGAACAACCUCAAUUAAUAUCUCACCACACACCACCCCAACCACUCCAACCACUCCAACCACUCCCACCGCUCAAGAUGCCUACUCCCCGAAGAGUCAUCCCACCCACCAGACACAUGCUUUCUGCUGAGCUAACCGACAAAACCUUGGUGGAAGAACCAGAAUCAAUAUAUCCCCAGAAAGAGUCCCGGAGAUCCCUUUUAACAGCACCUUUUAAUCCUAAUGUUGUCAUCAAUCGUCCUCUAUCAAUAGAUCACACAUAUCCUCUCACCAACAUGUCGUUAAAGCCCCGUCCUCAUGACAACCUUGUGGAAAACUACACUUGGUGCCCUGAAAACGGGAUGCAUGACAAUGAUCUACAGGAAGAAAUCACUGCCCUCCAGGAACGAAUACACGAGUUUAAUAGAGAGAAAUCCGAGUGGGCUAAACGAGAGACAGAGCAUCGUCAGAAUGAGCAGCGUAUGCUUGAGACCAUUCAUCACACUCAGGUUCAGCUGGAAAAACUGUCCCUGGCUACCCUCAACGCUCAAAAUCAAGCAGCACCUCUUUGGCAACAUUCCCCACGUAGACGCAAACCUUCUGUAGGCAUGCUAACCUCGUCUUCGGCUCCUUCCCUUCGUCGAUCACGUUCUCACUCAACUACCUCCAGAAGUAACAGUUACACAAGAGACGAAGAAAGUGAAUCAAGUGAAACAAAUGAGCACAGUGGUUAUGACGACGGUUACUAUGACUACAACUAUAACGACGAUAGUUAUGAAGACUUGACUCCAUGUGAGCCUGAUAUUCGUCGUUCUUCAUAUGUUUACUCGUACCCAGUUGCUCCUUCUCAUCACACACCCCAGAGUAUUCGUUGGCCAUCCCCACACAACAAUGUCCAACGCUCUUAUCCUGUCAGUAGACGUCCUUUAAGCUCUGCUGACACUCGAGGCUGGUUGCCCAAAGAAAUUGGGGGUAGAAAUGUAUUUCAGAAUGUGUAUGACAGGGAUAUAGACAUCCUGGAUGACUAUGAGCCUGAUGGCUCUGGUGUACCAUGGUCCUCUUCAUGUCCACAGCCUUCUACCCGCGGGUAUGCAAGGUACCCACGGCACCCUACGCCACGUGUAUACAAUGAGACCAGUUCUUUUGGACAGAGGUACUCUACCGAUCCAUGUCGUACCGCGCCAUCAUCAUAUCGAUCUCAGCCCACAGAAAGCCACUCCACAGUAAGACGAAGCAUCAGUAGUAGCAGUGGAUCACAACGAGCACAACGAGCACCACCGUCACCACAUGAUUACACACAUUGGAUCCGUCGUCUCUAG